CUUGACCCUUAUACAGGUGGCCGCCAUGAUGAAUGUUUCGGAGGCGCCGAGAAUCGGUCGAAAAAAAUAACUUCUAGUCGCCGUUAGGAUCUAAUUAGAUGCCCACGUCUAGGGAGAAGUCAGCAUGGAACGCUCCGGUAACAGAAGACGAUGGGGCAAUACGGAAGACAGGAAAACUCCCAUCAAACCAGCGGAGGAGUCUUCACUGAAAGAAGAGAUUGAUCCAAGCUAUGAGGAGUACCUGCUGCUAUUACAGCAAAGAAAUAGAUUAGUGAAAAAGCUGAAACAGAAGGAUGAUAAACAGAUAGAACUGGAGAGGAGAGAAAAGGGUUUUGCCUUAUACGUGAACGGAGCCAACCAGGGAGGGAGGAAGGGGAAGACUCCCUCUCCUCCUAAACAACCCAAGUCUGCACGCAUGAGCAAGACAGCUGGAGAGUACCCCCGUACCCUGGACCACCGACAGCUGCAGGAGCUACAUGCACAGGAGCAGGAGGAACAGCGUUUCCGUGCCAAGACAGCGCCUGGGAAGGUACAGCGCAAGAACUGGCUCCAAGGAUCAGUCCACAUCAGGACUAACGUGGGGGACAAGAUGAGGGUGGCAGCACCAGUUAUCCCAUCCUCACCCAAGCUGCCCCCUAUUCCCUCCCCUUCUGCCGCACCUCUUGGCUGCACCUUUACUGUUCCAAGGGACUUCCCUGUCCCUUCCAAGCUUCCUUGUGUCAAUGGCACCUUCUCUAGCACCAAGGACAGGGACAAUUGUCUUCCCAGCACCAGCUGCUGUCAGGACUAUGGAGAGUACUCAGAGGACUUUGACCCUGGGAGUGAUUCAGACAAGGAAGAGGAGGAGUUAGCCAGGAACAUGUCAUUAGUCCUACAGGGGGGUUCUUCUGAUGACGACAGUGACAUAGAGAUUGAUGCUUCCAAAUACGAGAACAAACCUUCAAGUAAACAGCUUGAGGUUAGAAGGGGACAAGGAGACAGCAGGAGCUCAGAGGAGGAGGAAAUCAAUGAACAGCUGGUGUUGAGUAUUGAUGAUGUGAAGACGUUGAGAAGAAGUCUUGAGAUGAACUCAAGUAUUCAGAAGAACAUUGCUGCUUUCAAGAAGAUGGAAGAACCAGAAGAAGAGAUAGAAGAGGAGUUGGAAGAAGAUAGCUUAGAUGAGGAGAAAGAAGAAGGUGAAAACGAUGGUGGACUGGAACCAGGAGAUAUGAUUGUACUGGAGUUUGCUGGCUCAAGUAAAAAAGAACUGCAAAGAGAUCUAUCAGCUGCACGACGAAAAGGCACAGAGCAUGAUGACUACCCACAGACCCAUAGACAAAGUAAAAUGGGCACAAAAGAUAGCAGGAAAGAAAAGGUUCAGAAGGAGAUAACUUUAGAAGCAGAACCAGUGAAGAGGAAGGAGCGCCCCCUUUCAGCAGCUAGAAAAGUGCAGCCGGGAUCUCACCAGGACUGGACAGCAGACAAGGCUGAGGUACUGCAGGCAGUACAGGCAGAGAACAUGGCACUGGAGAACCUGAGGAGGGACACCAGGAGUGCACCACUCAGCAGGGCCAAGGCUGUGCCUAGAGAGGAGACUACUGCUGUGUUAGAAGCCCUGCAGGCUGAGAACCAGCAGGUGGAGGAGUACAGGAGGGACACCAGGUCUGCACCUGCACAGGAACCGCAGCAGGAUGGGGCGAAGGCUAGUUCAGAGGCUUUUGUAGAAGAAGCUGCCAGGAGCAGUUUUCUCCAGUCUGGAGACUCACUGGCUCAAGUCAUGAACAAGGUGCUACAGAUGGAUGCCAAACAACAGAAGAUGUUACUGAAGGCCCUAGGUAAGAUAGAGAAGUCAGCAGAGCCUGUGUCUCCCAGAGCCUCGGUCAGAGAAAGUGGAGACAGCACAGCUAACAGAGCUAACAUUGGUCGGGUGAGAGAGAUGAAACACAGAGAGGUGAGGAGAGCAGGCACUCCGGCCUGGGCCAAGACUGACAGGACUGAACCAGUACAGCAGGAGCUGGAAGAAGAUACUAAUGUGAGGGCCAGCACCACGCAGGAGAAACAUGAGGGCACUGUGGAGGUGUUCUGUGAGAUGUUGUCUAACUGGGGACAUCCCUCCAGACUGGGGUUGACGGAGAUAGAGUUCUUUGACCUGGAGGGGAAGAAGAUUCCAGUGUCUGAAGCUGACAUCGUGGCAUCUGGGGCUGAGGAGCAGAAGGGAACUGUUGGAUGUCUGGUCAAUGGCAAAACUAAGACCAUCAAAGACAGGCACAUGUGGAGCUGUAGUUUUGGUCCUGACAGCCCCUCUGUUGAGCUGGUCUUCAACAUACACGGACAGACUAACAGUCAACAAGGCUUUGCUAUCUCCAAGGUCAAAAUAUGGAACUACAACAAGAGUCUGGCGGAAUUAGACAUUGGUGUACGACACAUGAGGCUGUACAUUGGAGUUUACCUUGUUUUUAACGGCGAGGUGGAUAAAGGCUGUGGGAACCAGGUGUUUGACUACAGCACCGCUGUGCUGGUGGGAGACCAGGUGGAGACCAAGCCACCAGCAGAACCAGAACUGCGGUCUGAGACCAGAAUCAUCAACUAUUCUGAUGCCAAACUGGAGCUGCCUGAGGUGGAGGAGGAGACACCUCGAAGUCAGGAGUCUGCAAGAGGAGUGAGCUCCCCCAGCAGAAGAAGACAGAGGACACCUCGGAUCUCCAAGAAGAUGGCAGCACGUCUGGACGGCCUGCAGAGCCCUGAGUCUUCUUCUCGCUCUUCUUCUCGUGAAAGCCCCACGUCUACAAGUCCUAUGAGCUAUGACAGAGACUCGGGACUGGGCACAGAGAGUACACGGACAGACAGAACAAGAGAGAGCCAGGAAGAACCUUCUCUGUACAAACAAGUACAGAAGCAAGCAAGGGCUGUCUCUAGAGGCAAAAAAGAAGACUGGUUUGAGCCUUCAAGAAAUUCUCCAGACCAAAGUAAGGCCAGGCCAAAAACCAAGCCUCAGUGGCUGCAGGCUGAAGAAGAAAGAGAUGGCAGUAGCUCAGACUCUCCUGGACCAGCUGCCCAGGACACAUGUACAGGACUCAACACUACCCUGGACAAGAUGGGGCAGUGGCCACAGAAAGGUAUUCCAGAGUUGCCUACUGUACUGGAUAAGAUGGAGAGACCAGACAGUAACAGGAGACCCAGGAGUGGGCGGAGGAGGGGCCACACACCAGAGAACAGAUCAUCUAAGGACAGACCUACACGCACACCCGAUGUUGUUGCUGACGAAGGGGAGGAAGCAAGAUGGCGGAGUCGCACGCUGUCCUUUGAGUCCAGUGAUCCGGAGACAGAGAAGGUGGCGGGAAUCCCAAAGCAGCGUCUUCAGCAGCCUCGCCCUGACAAGUUACAGGAGUCAUGGAACUCUCUGUCUCUCUUCAACCAGUCUCACCGGGGGCGCAUCACUAAUAUGGACCAGGAAGGUGAUGUCCUUGAUGAGUACCUGUCUGUAAAUAAGAGAAGCAAAACAGCAGAACCCACAAAGGAAGAGGAGGAAGUACAGGAUACUAUGGAAGAAAUCUUUGAGAUCCCAGUACUGCCUGCGGGUAGAGAGCUGAAGAUCAACAUCAGGACAACAUGGGGAGACAGACACUAUGUAGGGCUGAAUGGCAUUGAAGUCUUCAGCAGCACAGGACAACCUGUAAAGAUUGCCAAGAUUACAGCCGACCCAGCUGAUAUCAACAUCCUCCCUGAUUACAACUCGGACCCUCGUGUGGUCACUAACCUGACUGACGGUGUGAACCGUACGCGGGACGACAUCCACAUGUGGCUGGCUCCCUACACGCCUAACGCCAACCACUACAUCUGUCUCACCUUCCAACAGACAUGCAAAGUCGCCAUGAUUAGAAUAUGGAACUACAAUAAAUCCAGAAUACAUUCAUUCAGAGGAGCAAGGGACAUUGAGAUGACAUUGGAUAAAAGUUUGAUUUUCAAGGGUGAAAUAGCAAAAGCUAGUGGUCUGCUGCAGGGUGACCUGGACUCAUUUGGUGAUACCAUCCUAUUCACCAUGGAUGAGGAGAUCCUGGAGGCCAUGGCCCAGUAUGAUGAGACGUAUGAGGGGGAUGUGGAGGACUUUGAUGAAGAGGAGGAGGCACCGUUUGAGAGACCAAGAACUGCAGACAAGGGGAAACAGACUGUCACAGGAGACCGACCCUUCACAACAGCUAAAACUGCGGAGAGACAGAUGACUACACAGCGACAACAACAACAAUUACAGACACAAGGAGCCAUGGGGGAGCCACGGCCUGAUGCCUACCAGGGACAAGUGUUACAGUUGAACUUCACUGGGACCUGGGGAGACCCCCACUACCUGGGACUGACCGGACUGGAGGUGCUGGGCUGGGAAGGAGAUCCUCUGACUCUCAGUCCCAGGAUGGUCAGUGCCACCCCUCGGGACAUCACAGUCCUUCCAGGUUAUGAAGACGACACCCGGACACUGGAUAAGUUGGUGGAUGGCUGCAAUGUGACCACAGGAGAUGAGCACAUGUGGUUGAUACCAUUUAACGAGGGGGAUGGCCAUGUCCUGACUGUUGAUCUUGGCCAGCCACAGUACCUGACAGGACUGAGGUUUUGGAACUACAACAAGAGUCGUGAGGACACUUACAGAGGGGCAAAAGUAGUCCACCUGUUGUUGGAUGGCCAGGUCAUCUCCCCAGCUCAGGGUUAUCUCAUCAGGAAGGCUCCGGGGAACUGUAACUAUGACUAUGCACAGGACAUCAGUUUCUCCCACAACCCUGCAUCAUCCUCACAGCCUGUCAAACUCUCAUCACAACCACUGGAGCUUUCUGUCAGACAAAGUAAACUGAUGAAUGAGGAGGCCAGUCAGGACUAUGAACCACUCAUCAUGCCAUGUGGAUUUGUGUUUGAGCUGCAGCUGCUGUCCACCUGGGGUGACCCCUACUACAUUGGCCUGAACGGUCUGGACUUCUACAAUGAGAACGGGGACCAGAUCCAGCUGACUCAGAACAACAUUGCUGCCUACCCUGAGAGUGUGAACGUGUUGCCAGGUGUGGAGGGGGAUGUCAGGACACCUGACAAGCUGAUAGAUGGGAACAACUGCACCAACGACGGGAAACACAUGUGGAUAGCACCUGUCCUGCCUGGGGUGAUCAACAGAGUGUAUGUGAUAUUUGACCAGCCACAGACAGUCUCCAUGAUUAAACUGUGGAACUACAGCAAGACUCCAAACAGGGGUGUAAAGGAGUUUGGGGUGUUAGUAGAUGACCUUGUUGUGUACAAUGGUAUCCUGGGCAUGGUGCCAACCACACGCGGUAUCCUGCCCACGUGUGACGCCCCCACACCUUACCACACUAUCCUCUUCACUGAUGAUGACGCCAUCGCUCAGAGAGAGAGACAUACUGUCAUCAGUAACCAGGUCCCAGAUGAUCAGGAUGUCAGGAUGACAGAUGACAACAGAGUGAUGGCACAUCACAAGCAGCCCAAAAAACCUUCAGUGGACCAGGCUUUACGUCCGACCACCUCUGUAACAGGACCUGGAAGAGGUGUCCAUAGAAGAUAGUAACAGAUGCCUUUUUCCUGACAAGGACUUGUUUCUGGCUAAAGUGAACCAUAGGAUAGCCAUUAUGAGAUAUGUACCUAAAAUGUAUAUACUGUUAUUGAAAGUGUUACGGUUGGAAUGAAUAGACUUUAGGUCUCAUUGAUAGUCUUUAGGCUCAUAUAAUGGCCUCUGCCCACUACGUACAUUAUAAUUUUCUUGUGUUACAAAUGUGUUACAAAUGUGUAAACAUAUAGUUUAUCAUAUUGGUUGUCACUGCCAAAGUAUCUUUGUAUAGAAUAGGGUUUGUACUCCUUCACCAUCAACCAAUAUUACCGGUAUUCUAGAUACAUGUAUGCUCAACUCUGCAUUGGCAACUCAAUAUUCGAAUGCUCCUUUAUUUGUCCACCAUACGCUACAGUACAUAAAAGCAUGAUACUAGUAUGUAGUUGAUGUUGUUUUUGUUUAGACAGGUUUUCUUCAUGUGUGUAUGAUGUUUCAGACCGUUGGCAGCUUUUCAUAAAAAUACCAUUGUUUGAAAUGUAAUCUUUCUGCAAUAAGUUACUCUAGUAAUCGAUUCUUACAUCUAUGUGCCUUGUAUACAAUUCUUGUUAAUAACACCAUUCAAUAUUGUCAUCACUUGAUGCUUGCAUUCCAUGAAUGUACCUAGCUAGGAGGAACUGCAAUAAACACAGCAAAAAAUAUUAAGUUU